UGAGACAUUUCUUGCUCUUAAACUCGCUUGAAAUUGCAAUUAAGUCGCAUUAAAUGCUUGUUAUUGUUAUAUUUUAUUACAUUUCAAUAACUAAGGCUUUUAUUGUGAAGAGCAGCGGUGGGCGUUUCGUCACUGUGUCCAGCUUCACGUCGCCGGGAUCAAUAAAUGUAGCCUGUUAGCAGUAAAACCGCGAACAUGGAGGCAGGUAUUUGCUGUUAGCCGGAGCUGUUAGUGAUGCUGACAAACUGUGGCCGCGUUUCGCUAUGAGUUAAACCAGCCAACGACAGUGUGGUGAGAUUGCAUCAGUGCCUGGGUGAUGUCCGCCCAGCCGCCUCUGCAGCACUCCUGGGAGGAUCCGGCAGCCUGCUAACAGCCCGGCUAGCUGAUGCUGAUGACUGGCUGUUUCCUGACAUUGAUUUGCAGAGGGAGGCACCAUGGCCGGUAAGGUGAAGUGGGUGACAGAUAUCGAGAAAUCAGUGCUCAUCAACAACUUUGAGAAGAGGGAAUGGGUUCAAGUCACAGAAAACGACGACUGGAAUUUCUACUGGAUGAGCAUCCAGACCAUCAGAACUGUGUUCAGCGUGGACACUGGCUACCGCCUGUCAGAUGAGCAGAUGGUUAACCACUUCCCAAACCACUACGAGCUGACCAGGAAGGACCUGAUGAUCAAGAACAUCAAACGCUACCGCAAGGAGCUGGAGAAGGAGAGCAGUCCGUUGGCAGAGAAGGACGAAAACGGGAAAUACAUAUAUUUAGAUUUCGUCCCUGUGACGUUCAUGCUGCCCGCCGAUUAUAACCUGUUUGUGGAGGAGUUCCGCAAGAACCCGUCCAGCACUUGGAUCAUGAAGCCCUGCGGGAAGGCUCAGGGCAAAGGCAUCUUCCUCAUCAACAAACUGUCCCAGAUCAAAAAGUGGUCCAGAGACAGCCGCACCUCCACGUUCGUAGCAGCAUCAAGCGGCAAGGAGGCGUACGUCAUCUCCCUGUACAUCGACAAUCCUCUGCUGAUAGGAGGGAAGAAGUUUGACCUGCGUCUCUACGUUCUGGUGACAACAUAUCGGCCUCUGAAAUGCUACAUGUACAAGCUCGGCUUCUGCAGGUUCUGCACAGUCAAGUACACUCCGAGCACCAGUGAGCUGGACAACAUGUUUGUUCACCUCACCAACGUGGCCAUCCAAAAACACGGGGAUGACUACAACCACGUCCACGGAGGCAAGUGGACAGUCAGUAACCUCCGUUUGUACCUAGAGAGCACCAGAGGGAAGGAGGUGACCAGCCGACUGUUUGACCAGAUCCACUGGAUCGUGGUGCAGUCUCUGAAGGCCGUGGCUCCUGUGAUGAACAAUGACAAGCACUGUUUUGAGUGUUACGGGUAUGACAUCAUUAUCGAUGACAAGCUCAAGCCAUGGCUUAUCGAGGUCAACGCUUCUCCCUCGCUGACCUCCAGCACAGCCAACGACCGCAUCCUAAAGUACAACCUCAUCAACGACACCCUCAACAUUGUCACGCCUAACGGGGACAUCCCAGACUGCCGUUGGAAUCGCAGCCCACCCCGAGAGGCCCUGGGCAACUACCAAGUCCUGUACGACGAGGAGCAGGCGCAGAGCGAGAACGCCGAGCGUGACCUGCGGAGCCGCUCGGGUCAAUCCCUAGGGUCGAAGGGCACCAAGGGGAGUGCAGGCGUUCGACCCGUUGCCGCCACCUGGAAGUGAGGUGAUAUUUGUUAACUCUGAAUGACUUCCUGUACGUUAUAGCAGGGUCCAGUAGAGGGACACGGGAUUAAAAAAAAAGACUUUUUUGUAGCCCAACUAUUCGCUCCCUGUCUCCACUUUUCACCGACUGAGCUGUCAGGAGGCAACAAUGCCUGUCUGGAGGGGAGGAAAAUCAACAAUGUGGUCGUAUUUGGAGAGUUUAAAAGCCGGAGUUUAAAGGCCGGAGUUUGUUGGCGUUUGUAUGAAUGAGUAACUAAUAAUGACAACAUUAUGUUUGCCAUGGUAUGUUGGUGGGGUCAAUGUGUCAGCGACAGAGAAACAGCAGCUCCCGCCUCAGACGAAGCUCCCUGUAAAGAUAAAGCAAAAAGAUAACUUAAUGACAGGAAGAAAAAAAGUGGAUGAUUCAAAAAGAAGAUUCCUCUCCACCGAUGGAAGCUGCAGGUGGUAAAACGGCAACAAGACAAACGAAAAGAACGUGAGAUUAAAAUCCAAUGUGAAGAAAGAGGAUUGCAACAACCUGAACUAUGCAUGAUUACCGAGUCCCGACACUUUAACUUGAGCCACCGCACAGGCGAUAAAAAGGAGCUCUGUGAGAUCAAGUGGUUUGGAAAAUAAGGGAUGAAGAAUCCAUAAAAGGGUAUAAAGAUAUAAUAUACUGAGAGUUAACAGUACGAGAUGUGUAUAAACCCCAAGAUGGACUUUAAUAAUGUUUUUUAUAGGUUUAUUAUCAGUAUGCAUUUACAGGGUGGGUGUCAUUAAGAUUGUAUUCCGUGCUUAACCCUAUUGCACUUUAUUUUUGCUUGAAUAUUAAAUAGAUAUGUUGCAUUAUAAGUUGUCAUAUCUGCUGCACAUCUAAAAUGUUAAUAUAUGUCGGGGAAUGUAUGCAUUCUUAGCUGUCAGCUGUUUAUGUCCUGCAUCUACUGCAAUAUUGAAACAUGACGGAAAACAUUCACCUUUUUCAUACACAUAAUGUUAUUGUUAUUAGUAUUAUUAUUAGUAUUAUUUUCAGUAUUAUACAUUGUGGUAUUUUAGAACAAAAUUUCUGAUGAAAAAGCUUUAGAGCCUUUUGGAAAGAAUGUAUCAUUUAAAGGGAGUGUUCACCCCAAAAUCAAAAAUACAUAUUUUCCCUCUUACCUUUAGUAAAUAGCGGGGCUGGACUCGAAAAUUCGGCUGUUUGAAUAUUUGUUAAUUGGGUCGGUACACUGUUUUUGAUUUAGGCAUUCAGAUAUUCUUCCUUUUUUUUAAUUUGCAGAGGGAGAAAUCCAUUUUGAUUUUUGUGAGAAAAAAUUGAAUAUAUCAGAGAUGUAACAUUUGUUGGAGAUGGUUUGCUUUGCUCAUGUUUCACAGGACUUUGUCAGGUUAUUAUGAGUAGUUUGUAGGACAAGAGAAAAAGCCCUAGUUUAUAGUUCCAACAUGAAACUGUUCACAAUAAGUUUUGUGGAUAAUCUUGAGUAACUGGUUAAUGAUUUCUGGAAAGACACAUUGUUGAUGAGUUUAUCAAAUGUAGUUUUUUGAU